UGGGGGUCCCUCCUCACCCAUCUGCACCCUCUCUGUGCAACAACCCUGUUCUCACUGGAUGGCUAUUCAAGUUUGAGACAAGAGUGCCUCAGAGGGGACCAAGAUUUGUGUGUCAAUAGGAGCACAAAUUAAUUAGACUGAAACAGAUACACAUUCAGAUCUGGUUUGGAAGUGAUAUAUGACCGGGACACAACCAAAUCUCUUCUAACAAGACCUCUGCAUCCCGGAAAGGUGUGAUGUACAGUGGAGCGGUGCCUUUGUGAGGCGGCGAACGUGGAGGAGAGAGAUAGCAGGAACGUGCAGGAAGGAAGAAGAGUGAGCGAAAGAGGGAACGGGAGAGUGAGGGGCAGAAAGGAAGAGAGAAUUUGCUGAAAGGAAGCAUUUUUGUUGGAUGGGAGAAAAACAACCAUGGAAACUCCAUCAGAAGAAAACCAAGACCAGAGGCAGGACAAAAGAGGUUGCUUUGAGUGCUGCAUCAAGUGUUUAGGCGGGGUGCCGUAUGCGUCGCUGGUGGCUACAAUCCUCUGCUUCUCUGGCGUUGCCCUGUUCUGUGGAUGUGGCCAUGUGGCUCUCACUGGCACAGUGACCAUCCUGGAAACCUACUUCUCCACGGUCACCGAGGAUCACGCCAUGCUGACUGAGGUAAUACAGCUGAUGCAGUAUGUCAUCUACGGCAUUGCUUCGUUUUUCUUCCUGUACGGGAUCAUUCUGCUGGCUGAGGGCUUCUACACGACCAGCGCAGUCAAGGAGCUGCACAGCGAGUUCAAGACCACCAUCUGUGGACGCUGCAUCAGUGGAAUGUUUGUGUUCCUCACAUACAUUCUUGGUGUGGCCUGGCUCGGUGUGUUCGGCUUCUCCGCUGUGCCAGUCUUCCUCUUCUACAACAUGUGGUCUACCUGUGCCGCCAUGAAGUCUCCCAUGGCCAACCUCACCAAUGACUCCAUCUGUGUGGAUGUUCGUCAGUACGGAAUUAUCCCAUGGAACGCCACACCAGGCAAGGCCUGUGGAAAUACGCUAGGUCAGAUCUGCAACACCAGUGAGUUCUACCUGUCUUAUCACCUGUACAUCGUAGCGUGCGCCGGGGCAGGAGCCACCGUGAUCGCUCUGCUGAUCUACAUGAUGGCUACCACUUAUAACUUUGCCGUUUUGAAGUUUAAGAGUCGAGAAGACUGCUGCACUAAGUUUUAAACUGUUUUAAGAGCACGGUGCAGCAUUCGAGGCUGCGCCGAGUAGAGACAGUUGCCACUGACAACAAAUGAACUAAAAAAAAAAAAAACAUCCUGACAAUAGAAAAAAGUCAACAUCUCUCUAUUAGUAAUCACAUGAAGUGUAAAUAGCUGACUGUAUGCUUCCUUUAGCAUUUUGGUAUCCAGGGAUAUUAUUGGCUUGUCUGAGGACACCUGAUGAAAGUUGUCUUCAGAUUGGGGUGGUGUUUAGUUGGCUGGUUUGUUCUGCUUUCCUUGGCACUCACUUAUAGAAAUAUGUCACCAUCAGAUUUUUUUUUUUUUUUUUUUUUUAGAAAUGUGCACAGCUAGACAUCCACAACAGUGUUAUUUAUAUUCGUAAUGCAUGAAGCUGAUUUUGGCCUGCACAGAAGCAGUAUUUCAGAUUUUUUUUAAACAAAAACCUUACAGUAUUAAGCUUGCAGUACCUCACCUUGCAUAACAGGACGAGCAUCAGUCGACUGCAGUCAGAGCUGAAAUGCGAAUUUGUGCAUAAACUCCUGAGGCACUUGUGGAACAUAAAUGUAAGACAAUUUUAAAAAUGAUUUUUUUGUAAGUAAAUGAGACCAAUCAAGACAUCCAUUAUGCUCGCAUAGAUGUACAGUAUACAGCUCUGAAUUAGUCCAUAAGGACAUCUGAUGACAAAUAUUAAAGGUGUUCUCAGGCUUUUACAGUUUUGAUUGCCACAUUAACAGUUUUGGUGAGGAUGAAUUCUAGUGAUACGUCUGUAAAAGGACUAGCUACACAGGCAAAGUGCCUUAUAUCGCCUUUUAUUUCUUUCCUUAGCCUUAAAAUUUUGGUGCCGACACAUGAAACCAUGAAGUGUUCCACAGAAAAUAUUCAGUAUUAUCUCUUUUUGUCACAAGUUAGAUUCUAAACUAAACUAAAAACCUUUUUAUCAACUGUAUUUUGCUGACGAGUAUUAUGGCAACCAGUUGUGUUUAUUGUAGAUCUCAGAGUAACUGCACAGACCUAGCACAGCACACUAUGAAGGGUUAGGCCAGUACCAAGGGUUUACUUCUGCAUGGGGCCCUAAGCCUCACUUUAAUUUCAUGUAUUUUAUAAAUAAAAAAAAAGACAUUCUCCAAUUUUAGAGUAGAGUAAAUGUAUUUUUUUUUUCUAUGAGGGCUGACGCUGAUAUAGCCUCAGCUAUGAAGUUGAUGUUUUGUUUCCUACUUUUAUUCUCUCUCAAAGUGCCAUUAAAGAGCCAUUUGUUUUUAUCUUAACACUGAGCCUGCAUGCUUACAUUUUUCCAGAUUCUUUGACCUGUUUAUAGUUACUUAUACUCCAUAUUUCAUAUAUUUAAUUUUCUCCUAAGUUUUUGAAGACUGUAGCUUUUACUUUCUAUAUAAAAUAAACAAUCUUUGUUUACAAAA